AUGUCGGCCAAAAAAUCGAGAUGGGAAGACGAAGAGGAGGAUCCGGCCGAGUUACAAAGACAACAGGAGGAGAAGGAGCGGAAGCGACGGUUGAAAGAAGAGAAGAGGAAGGCGAAGGAAGUUGCCCAAGAAGCUGCAAAGCGGGCGGCGGAAGAGGAGGAAGAGAGGGCGGCAAAACGAGAGAAGGUAGAAGAGGAGGUCGUCGAGGAUGUGCGUCUACAGCUGCGAUUUCCUACGCGCCAUAUCGAAAGCUGCCGGCAUGUCGACUCAUACGAGAAGCUGAACCAUAUUGAGGAAGGGUCAUAUGGUGUUGUCUUUCGUGCCAAGGACGUCGAGACUGGAGAGAUCUAUGCUCUGAAGAAGCUCAAAUUGGAAAAAGAGAAGAACGGGUUCCCUCUUACGUCUCUCCGCGAGAUCACCACCCUUCUCGCCUGCCCUCACCCAAACAUCGUCCGUCUUCGCGAAAUCGUCCACGGCGAUACCUCAAGCUCUAUCUUCCUCGUCAUGGAGUUUGUGCCCCACGACAUCAGAUCCAUCCUGGAAGACAACAAAGAGCCAUUCCUUAUCAGUGAGGUGAAGACGCUGAUGUUACAAUUACUCAGCGCGACGGCGUACAUGCACGAUCGAUGGAUUAUUCACCGAGAUCUCAAGACGACGAAUCUGUUAAUGACGAACCGUGGAGAGUUAAAGGUUGCGGAUUUCGGGUUGGCUAGGUAUACGUCUGAUCCGGCGCCAGCGUUGACACAGUUGGUUGUGACGCUGUGGUACCGUGCACCGGAGUUACUAUUGGGCGCAAGGACGUAUGGGACUGAAGUGGACGUCUGGUCAGUCGGAUGUAUCAUGGCCGAGUUGGUCACGGGUCAACCAUUGUUUCAGGGAAGGGGCGAACUGGACAUGAUCGGAAAAAUCUUCAAUACUCUCGGUCCACCAACGGAUAGUAUCUGGACAAGUUACCGCGACCUACAACACGCAAAGAGCAUCACAUUCCCCCCGCCAAGACCAGGCGUGGACGCCAAAACACUCCUACGCACCAAAUUCCCAAUGCUGACAUCCGCGGGCGUGGAUCUAAUGUCUCAACUCCUCACCUUUGAUCCGAAGAGGAGAAUAACUGCGAAAGAGGCAUUAGAGCAUCCUUGGUUUGCGGAAGAUCCUCGGCCAAAACAUCCAGAUAUGUUUCCGAGUUUUCCUAGUAGGGCGAAUGGGGAGAAGGUUAGGAAGGUGGUUAGUCCGAAUGCUCCGGUUGUUGAGCAUGGCAUUGGGGCUGGUGGAACGGAAGGGCUGUUUGGGAAUGGAGGGGAGGAUAUGGGUGCUGGUGGUGGGUUUCAGCUGAGGGUGACCUGA